CAGAAGCGAAUACAGAGUGGGCGGAACUGUCCAUCAGACACGAUAGCGCCAGAUCAAGCGGAGCUCCCCCACAAACUCCCAACUUCCAAAUAAUCCCAGCUAGUAGCAGCGAUUUGGAUUUUGCACCGCACCAGCCAAAACCCAAAGCCGCCGCCGGCGGAGACAAAGACAAGCACGGAGAGAGAGCCAGAGAGGCGAUGGCGACGGCGGCGGUGCCCUCGGCGGGGUACGGCGCGGACGGCGUGUACCGGUCUCUACGCCCGGCGGCGCGCAUCGAGUCCAACCCGGGCCUGUCCGCGGUCGACCUCCUCCUCCGCCGCGCCGCCGCGUGCCCGUCCGCGCUCGCGCUGGUGGACGCCGCCACGGGGCACGCCCUCACCUUCUCCGGCCUCCGCUCCGCGAUCCUCGCCUCUGCCGUCGCGCUCUCCUCCCGCGCGGGCGUCCGCCCCGGCGACUCCGUCCUCCUCGUCGCGCCCAACUGCGUCCUCUACCCGGUCUGCUUCUUCGCCGUCACCGCCCUCGGCGCCGUCGCCAGCACCGCCAACCCGCUCUACACCCCGCGGGAGAUCGCCAAGCAGGCCUCCGACGCCCGCGCCAGGCUCGUCAUCACCGUCGCCGAACUCCUCCCCAAGGUCGCCGACCUCCGCCUCCCCGUCAUCCUCCUCGACGACACCGCCGCCAAAUCCGGCUCCAGCGCCACGCUCUACUCCGACCUCGUUUCCGGCGUCGACGAGGCGGACUACCGCCGCCCACCGACCAAGCAGAGCGACACGGCCGGGCUGCUCUACUCCUCGGGCACGACGGGGGAAAGCAAGGGCGUCGUCCUCACGCACCGAAACUUCAUCGCGGCGGCGACCAUGGUGACCUCGGACCAGGACGACCGCGGGGAAGGGCCCAACGUCUUUCUCUGCUUCCUGCCCAUGUUCCACAUCUUCGGCCUCUCCGUCAUCACCUACGGCCAGCUGCAGCGCGGCAACACCGUCGUCGUCAUGUCCGGUUUCGCCCUGGACACCGUGAUGAGCGCCGUGCAGCAGCACCGCGUCACGCACCUCUUCUGCGUGCCGCCCGUCAUGAUCGCGCUCGCCAAGCACGGGAAGGCCGGGAAGUACGACCUCAGCUCUCUCAAGUUCAUCGGCUCCGGCGCCGCACCGCUCGGCAAGGAUGUGAUGGAGGCGGUGGCCAAGAACUUCCCGGACGCGUUGAUUUGUCAGGGUUAUGGUAUGACUGAGACUUGUGGAAUCAUAUCGCUUGAAUACCCAGAAAAAGGACAGGUUCGUCAAUUUGGAUCAACUGGAACACUUGUCACUGGAGUUGAAGCAAAAAUUGUUGAUGUAGAGACACUAAAGCAUCUGCCACCGAAUCAACUAGGAGAAAUUUGUGUCCGAGGACCACACAUAAUGCAAGGAUAUUUCAACAAUGUGCAAGCUACUGAGUUUACAAUCAGGCAAGGGUGGUUACAUACUGGUGAUCUUGGACUCUUCGAUGACGAAGGCCAGCUUUUUGUUGUCGAUAGACUUAAAGAGCUGAUUAAGUACAAAGGUUUCCAGAUUGCACCUGCUGAGCUUGAAGGAUUACUUCUAUCUCAUCCAGAGAUUCUAGACGCCGUCGUUAUCCCGUUUCCUGAUGCCGAAGCUGGGGAAGUUCCUAUUGCAUACGUUGUACGGUCACCUGACAGUUCGUUAACUGAAGUUGAUGUCCAGAAAUUUAUUGAAACGCAGGUGACGUACUACAAAAGAUUGAAGAGGGUCACUUUCGUGAGCAGCGUGCCAAAGUCAGCUUCAGGCAAGAUUUUGAGAAGAGAACUCAUCGCCAAAGUCAGAUCGUCCAAGUUGUAGUGAAUCCACUUCUACUCCGAUUUCAGAACAAUGCCCUCCUUCUAGAUUCUUCUAAAGCGAAAACUUCACAGUUGUGCAAUGUUUAAGCUUACAAAUUCCUUAACAGAAACUCAUUUGCGGCUUUCACUUCUGUGUACUUACUAUGCAACCACAAAUUUCAAGCAUCAACAUUGUUUAAAUGUACAAGUGUAUACUUGCUAUCUACUCACUACUAUACAACGAAUUCAGAUACGAAUAA